UGUUCAAAUAAGCCCAAAUGAGAGGGUUAUUCAUCCUACGGGAGAAAAGUGGAGUUGUUUUUAGGAACAACCCUGUUCAUAAUUCAAGGGGUGAAAUCCUUUCAAUAUGCUCUUCCAAAUCCAAUUCAACCGAUAACAGUAAACCUACAAUAUCAAAUCAAAUAUCUGCUUAUUGUUUUUCACCUGGCGGUUAUAAGUUAUAUUUCGCAUUAAAUUCAGGUGAUUUAUUUUGCUUAGACUUUAUGAAGAACUGGUAUAGAUUAAUAACUUCCUUGAAUCUUGCGAUUACAUAUGUUUGUUUAUGUGAACCACGUGGAUAUAUUCUUUUGGGUUUGGAUGAUAACAGUAUCAGGAUCUUAGACGAAGAGUCGGGAAGAGAAACUAAUUCUUUGAGUGGUCACAAGUAUAGGAUCUCUAACAUAUCAGUUCAACCAGUUUCUGGCCGUUAUGGAUUAUCUAUGGCCUUCAAUGAGGCAAUAUUAUGGGAUCUCGACACUAACACAUGUCGCUGCAAGUUACACGUUGGCCAGCAAGUGAAUAUGGUAUCAGUAACUUUCAUUCCACCUCGUGGUGAGAAAAUUGUAUCUUGUUUUCAAGAUGGAUCUAUUUAUGUUUGGAACACAGAUUCUCUUCAUUGUUUGUUUAGGCUCGUUAACAAUGAUUAUCCAAACCCACCAUAUAGAACGAUUACAUUUACCAGCAACGGUCAAUAUUUAUUUGCAGCAGGUCGUUCUCCGUUUGUCUACGUAUGGAAUUUAAAAGGACAUGUAAAUUGUUCACAUCAAGACAGUUCAGUUUUGUAUGAUUCAAACACAAGUGAUCAAUUUUUACAAGAGUUAAUUAAACUUCCCGAACCAUUAAAAUCAGUUCGUCGAAUUGAAUGGAUUCCUAAAUCUUGUUUAGCGAAUUUUAACCAAAUUUUCCACGAUUCUGAGAUAUGUGACGAGUUAUCUGGUAUACUAGUAUUACUUGGCACUGAUAAACGUUUACGUCUUUUGAUACGAACCCACGAAAAUCCUAGAAAACCAUUAGCUUGUACAGAAAAUAUACCAAAGCAUCAACAGUCAAAGAAUUCAACUUCUGUUUAUUGGAAAUGCUUGUUUACAUUUGGAUUCGGUUCAUUAGAAGAUCCAUUGAUAUCAUCAUUCAGUGCACCGGCUUACAGUAUUUUAGAUCUCUCUGAUUGGCAGGGAAAACAACGGAGUAAAUCUUUCAAUUGUCAUUCGUUAUUGGCUUUUCUUGAUGAUCAUGGUUUAUUACACAUAAGUGAUCUUUCAAUAGUAAUAAACUUCCUCAGUAGUUCAUCAAUACCUGUAAUCAAAGUAAAAAAUGAGAAUUCAAACGAAAAGUCUUUUCUGAAACAUACUGGAAACAAGAAGUUAAAUAACUUUUCAGCUUUUAAAAAUUCCACAAGUCAUAAAAAAGAAAAAAGUACAACAGCUUCAGGUGCAUUACAUAUGAGGGACCCUACUAAUGGUUUUUUGGACCGGAAACGUUUACGUCUGUUGCUUAAGGAAUUCGGAAGAUUUCCAAAUAAAUAUCGACUAUUCAUUUGGCGUUCCGUUUUGCAACUUCCAUAUAAUACCCAAGCUUUUAGCAAUCUACAGAAAAAAGCUAUCCAUCCAGCUUAUGAUUUAUUAUCUAUGCGAUAUCCAAUACGAAAUCAAAGACUAUUGAAAGCCUUGCAAAAAACUUGUUCAGCAUUGGCUUAUUGGUGUCCAUUAUUUGGUGAAACAGACUGGUUACCAUUAUUUGUUUUUCCUUUCCUAAAAUUGCAUCAGAAUAAUCUGUUGCAUGCAUUUGAAGUUGUUGCUACAGUACUAAUCAAUUGGUGUGGUACUUGGUUUGAAUUUUUCCCGAAUCCUCCAAUCAAUAUACUUUGUAUGAUUGAAAAUCUUAUCGCUUAUGCUGACCCCGAGUUGUAUCGUCAUUUUGUGCAGUAUAACAUUACUACCGAGAUUUAUGCUUGGCCACUUCUGCAAACCGGUCUAAGUGAAAUAUUUACUGAAGAUGAAUGGUUGCAUCUUUGGGAUUCAUUAAUAUGUCAUUCGCCUAGUCUAUUACUUGCUGUGGUUGCAAGCUAUUCUAUCUGUGCCCGAGGACCACUUCUUAUGGUUCAGAAUUCUGAUACGUUUGAGGCUUACUACCACAGUCAAAGUACUUUACCGAUAUCAAUUAUCAUUGAACGCGCUCAUCAGUUGCUUACUUCAACACCUUCAGAUAUACAUCCAGAAAGAUUGCUGUCCUCACUUAUGCAAACAGGUAGUCAAAAUAAAAACAAAGAGAACAAUUGCAUAUCUUUUCAACCACUGACAAGCCCCCAUUAUCCAAUUAUUACUCGCUAUCCUAAAUUCAUUGUUAAUUAUCAUAUACAAGAACGUGAACGUAUACGAGAGGAAGAAAAGGAAUAUCUACGGCAAAAAGCUACAGUUGAAGAUAUGCGACGUCGAGCUCAAUUAAUGACGAAUGAAGAACACAAUUGGUAUCGCCAACAGCAAUUACUUUUAGACGCUGAGGAUCAUCGAAGAACACUACUAGCUGAAGAAGAAAAUAAACUACGUGAACAAAGGAAAAGAUUAAGUGCAUUAAUUCGUGAAGUGAAAUUACAUGAAUUAAGCUUAGCUGAAGAAUCUCGUUGUCAUUUUAGACAACUCGAUAUUCGACGUCGCCAAUGUGAAUUAAACAAGUUGGAGCAAGAGUUAAAUCGAUUGGCCAACUGCCGUAUCGAUGAACUGGAUGCAGCAGCUUAUGCUGCAGAGUUAGCUGACUUACGUGAAAGACUCCACCAGAGGCGUGCAGAAAAUUUAGCUGUCAUGAAUGAACAGCUACAAUCACAUGAUAAGAAUCAACUAUCAAACAGAGAACGUCUUUUGUUGACAACCUCUCUAGACACCAAUGGUUUAAAUAUGCAUGGUAGACAUGCUAAGACGAAUGUUAAUGAAGUUUAUUCAGACAGUCCAAACUACAUGAAAACACCAUUUGAUUCCGAAGUGACGGAUUCAAACCUAAAACGUAACAAUUCCCAUAAGUUCAAUUCUGCAACAAUAUUUCCGUUUACGUCAACUAAACUUGGAACACAAACUGUCAAAUAAUCACAGUAUAAGACAAUUCCUACUUCGUUUUGGGAACUUAUCGUAAAUGCACAAGAAAUAAUUAUCUACGGUUCAGUCAUUUACAAACUUCCAUGUAAUUAAGGCAAAAUUAAUAACAGUUGCAUUUUUUGUUUCAGGCAUAGUUAUAUUUUCACGUUAUAUUUAUAUUGAUUUAACUCGAAUUAACAGCAGUUUUCUUAUCUGAAAAAUACAUAAAUAA